AAGGAGCUGGGAGCCACUGAGUGCAUCAACCCUAAAGACUUCAAGAAGCCUAUCCAGCAGGUGCUCACCGAGAUGACCGGUCAUGGUGUGGACUACUCCUUUGAGGUCAUUGGGACUUCAGAUACCCUGAUUGCUGCCCUGGCCUCUUGCAAUAUGAGCACUGGAGUCUGUGUCUUGAUUGGAGUAACACCUGCUGGUUCAACAGUUCCUAUUGAUCCAUUCAUUCUACUAAGUGGGCGCACCUGUAAAGGGACUCUAGCUGGAGGCUGGAAAAUGAGAGACUCUAUCCCCAAAUUAAUUACCAGCUAUUUGGAGAAGAAAUUUAACUCUGACUUGCUGAUCACACACACGCUGCCAUUUGCUAAAAUCAACGAGGGAUUUGAAUUGCUACGUGCAGGCAAAAGCAUUCGCAGCGUGCUGCUCUUCUGAAGGAUGCGAUCGGGGCAGCACGAGUGCAGCACACAGCCCAGCAGAUGCCCUCCUGUGCGGGCCCUUCCCUCCCCCGUCGCCCUUCAUGGACUGCAAAGACAGAAGCACAAGGAACUUGUCAGCUGUGCUGCAGCUGCCAGCGCUCCUGCGCCCACCCUCUCCUGAGAAAACAGUUAUAUAAAUAAAGGCUGUCUCACAAACUC